GGAGCAAGGACGCUAUGAGAUUCUAGCUCUGCUUGAGCAGAUCCCGUGUCAAAAAUUGAGCAUUCGCAAAGGAGAACCUCCCCAUGACUUGUGAGUCGACCUGUCCUCAACAAGGCACCUUCAGACCUUACUGGUACAGCUUCAGUAGUUCUGUAGUCCGUAAUCAUUCUUGAGAGCAUCAACUGGACCUUUGUCCACUGAAAUCGGGUCUUUCCACCAGCCGCAGCCUUCCUUGAUUUCUUGUGGCGUCGUUCCCGGCUCGACGGGAAGCUUGGAUGGGCCGAUCCGUUCGGGGCCGCGCCAAUGGCUGAAGGCGCUGAAGAGGAGGUGCCCAACCCGAUCGCAGGUGGUCUCGAAGUGGUUCCACCGCCACCCUGUGAGGACCCCAGCUUCGAGGGCGAGAAGGAGCUCUUCGAGGAUGAGAGGAAGCGCUGGCUCAUCCUGCAUGUGGCCUUGCCACGCACGAUCAUGACCUAUGAUCUUGCGCAACGCCGCAAUACUGAGGCAGAGCUGAAUGAUGCUCUGUCCAAUCUAGCUUGGGGUUCCAUCGACACAGAAGCUGGAGAGUGGACCUUGGAGUCGCCGGACCCCUCGCUGGAGCCGCCGCAUUCCUCGCUCAUCACGUAUGCUGACUACGUGGCAAGGACCUAUCCGGCAGAUCGGACUAUGGAGGAGCAGGCUCGGGAGGAGAACCUCCGCCUGGCGGCGGAGAAACGGGAGCGCUUCACCAUGCCUGGAGAGCCGGGCUCGAAGUUCCGGUCGAUGUUUGACCAAAUGAUUAAGAACCUGCAGCACUCCAACAAGGCACUAGCGAAAGCUUUCGACAUCAAGAAGGUGUUUUUGAAGGAGGAAGAACUGCCGGAGGAUGCAGCCAAGUCGGAGGCGCAGAACAUCAUGCGCUUUGGCCGGCAUCAGAUUCUGCCCUCCUUCUGGAAUUUGUUGAUCCAGCUCACCAAGCAGCAGCGCCGCUUCUCGGUGGUCCUCCGCUCCUUCAAUGAGGAGCAGCUGAUACAGGCACAGAAGGAGCUUCAGCUCUUUGUACAGUGUCAACACCCUGCCUACAACGGGCAGAACAAGACCCACAAGCCUCCACUGAUGGAUGGCAACAAGGGAUCCAGAGAUCUGCGCUUAACGGCCAGUGCCAUUGGUCGAAUGGACCGCAUGAGUGGCGCCUUGCGCUUCCGUGACCGCCCGCAAGAGCAGGCCAGCACGGAAGCUUCCGAGGAGGCCGCUGAAAACCCCGCCGACUCGGUGUUCAGGCCGACGGAAUAUGCGUUCCCUCCGUACCAUGAAGCUUAUUCUGGGCUGAUGCACCAGGUCCUCGAGACGGCCAACACGGCUGCCAUUGUAGAUGACUUGGCGUUCUGGGAUGCGCAUGAGAGAGACUUUACUGCGGGCAAGAUGCUUCUGAUUGACCGAGCUGAGACAAAGGUCCAGCACAUUUUCUUCGAUGGCAACAUUGAGAAGGAGGAUGCCAACUGCGUAGAUGUCCGAGAUGCCGUGAAGGGAGAGCCGAUCCCUCUGGAGGAAUCCUCGAACAUCUACCUGCACCGCGUGGACUUCUUCCAGGCGGUCACCGACAUAGACUACUUCGUGAAAGCCACAGAGGCGUGCGAGUUGAAGAGGUCCAUGAAGAUCGUUGAGGAUCGACGAUCCGAAGGCAUCGCACGAGCUCUGUCAGACCAGGAGAGGAAGCAGGCAUCUGAAGAAGCUGCUGCGAUGACUCCUAAGGAGUGGCUCUACCGGAACGUCAUCCCAGCGCUCCUUCCCGCCUUGGAGGCCUGUCAACGUGAUCGCCCGGAAGAUCCGAUCGAAUUCAUCGCCUUCUAUAUGCUUCGACAUUCGAAACAGUACUCGAAGACUCUGAAAGCCUGAGGGACAUCAUGUUUCACCCAGCUCUUCAAUGGCAGCAGACAUGCCUUGUAUGACCAAAUCUUUCGGACUUUCCACAUGGCAUUAUGGCCGCUCGGCCACUCUUCG